AUCGUUUAGACUUAUCAUCCGACUUGUCGGAACUCGUUUAGGCGGAAAGGGUAUGCUAUAUAAGUAAAAGAAAUGUCUAUAGAUGAGGGUUAAUGCAUUUAUGACGGGAAGUGGAAGUGAAACCUGCUGUCAUGGAUCUACUGAACAGAGACCCCAAUAACAUCAACGACCACAUAAAGGUCGAGUUUGAAGAUAUCUUGGCCGAGCCAGAGGGAGCUCGAAGCAUCGACUGUGUGUGGAGCGCAUCCUACAAAUGCUUCAAUUGCUGUAAAGGAUGUCUCUACAAAGUCCUGACACUGUUGUGUGGCAUCUGUAUCGCACUGCAAUGGGGCUGUGAGUUUGCCUCGAUAGCCUUCAGCCACAUCUGGUGCGUCACACCCUGCUUCAAGGUAAUGGAGCUCAACUGUGGCUGUCUGAAGAAGCUGUACGGAAUGUGUGUGCACUGCUGCCUGGAUCCCUGGUGCGAGUCCUGUGGGAUGUUGUUUAUGGCUUUCGUGAAGAAAUGAAACGGUUUCCAUGGUAACGAUAGAUACGGGACAGAUAGUGUUGGACCCAAGUUGUCCCAAAUCAAUCCCAAAUAAGAUGCGGCUACAGUGCUACCUUGUAGAACCAACACACUGGGCUCUUCCGCUUUUCACUUGUCUCGGACUAGCGGUCUAGCCAUUGAGCGGGAACUCGUUAAACGGACAUUUGAGAUAAGAUUUAUUCUUCCAAUGUUUCCUUUCUUUGAGAAUCUUUUAAAAUUUUAAUCAACUGUUUAUAUAUACUGUUGUAUUUAUUUAUAAUGAGGAUUAGGAGUGUGAAGUUUGUAUAAAGUGUCUAAUAAUA